UCGGAGCUUCAAAGCCUCCUCCCGGCAUCCGCGGCUCCGUUAGCGUCGGCGUUGAGGAAACGGGCGGUCAACCGUUUCAUUCUUGACUUACCCGUUGUUGGUGGUGUCAAGCCUCCCAAUUCCGUCUCCUCAACACAACCGAAACCACUGCAAUGGCUGUCUCCACGACCUCGGCUGCCGCCGGCGCCUCUCAACCAAAGGGCGGGCGCUCUUACCCCGUGAUAUCGAGGCGCGAGAUUGAGGCACAAAUCUCCGAGGGCAGAAUCAUCUUCAUCUUGGACCGGUAUGUGAUCAAGGCGGACGCCUGGUGCAAGUAUCACCCUGGUGGUGAUAAAGCCAUUAUGCACAUGGUGGGUAGGGACGCCACUGAUGAGGUGACUAUCCUUCAUUCGCUCGAAGCCCGCCGUAUGAUGGAAAAGUAUCGUAUUGGUAGGAUUGAGGGUCGCUGGAAGAACUUCCUACCUCCGAUUCAGGGCGGUAAAUUUCGGUCGAGGGUUGGUGAUGGGGAGGAGCAGGAGGAGGAGUACGAUGGCGGCUUGGUCACGCUGCAGAGGAGGGAAAACCCUACGGCGUCGUCCAGCGAUACUGGUUCCCGUUCGCCUUCGCCUACUUUCGACUCCGAUAAUGUUACCCUGGGCCCUGGUCUCCGCAACCGUAAGACGAGAAUGGCGAGGUCAAACUCGGAAACAUCUCUCUCGUCUGUCGACGAUGCCGCUACGUCCGCACCGGCCGACGGCAUGUCGCACCUUGAUAAGCUCACUCGCAAGGAGAUCAAGCUAGACCUUGCCAAGUAUCCAACCCUCGAGCCAGAAAUACAGGAUGCCAUCGUGGAGAAGUACCGCGACCUGCACGAACGCAUCAAGGCCGAAGGUCUAUACGACUGCAACUACUGGGCCUACGCCAUCGAGACUUCGAGGUACUUGCUCCUCCUCGGCCUCAUGCUGCUCUUCCUGAGCUGGAAGUGGUACAUCCCGAGCGCUUUCUUCCUCGGCUGCCUCUGGCACCAGCUGGUAUUUACGGUGCACGACGCCGGCCACUUGGGCAUCACCCACAACUUCCAAGUCGACACGGUCAUCGGCAUUCUCAUCGCCGACUUCAUCGGGGGACUCUCCAUCGGCUGGUGGAAGCGCAACCACAACGUGCACCACAUCGUCACCAACUCGCCCGAGCACGACCCGGACAUUGAGCACAUGCCCUUCUUUGCCAUCUCGCACCGCCUACUGGGCUCCCUGCGCUCGACCUACUACGAACACGUCAUGCACUACGACGCCUUUGCCAAAGUGAUGAUCUCCCUACAGCACCACCUGUACUACGUCAUCCUGCUCUUCGGCCGCUUCAACCUGUACCGCCUGUCCUGGAUGUAUAUCCUCGCGGGCCAGGGCCCCAGGAAGGGGGCGGCCGCGUGGUUCCGCUGGCUGGAGCUGGCCGGGCAGAUCUUCUUCUGGAGCUGGUUCGGCUACGGCGUGCUGUACCGGUGCGUCGACUCCAACUGGAACCGGCUCCUGUACGUGGUGGUCAGCCACUUCGUGACGACGCCCGUGCACGUGCAGAUCACGCUGUCGCACUUCGCCAUGAGCACGGCCGACCUGGGCGUCGAGGAGUCCUUCCCGCAGAAGAUGCUGCGCACCACCAUGGACGUCGACUGCCCGCCCUGGCUCGACUUCUUCCACGGCGGCCUGCAGUUCCAGGCCAUCCACCACCUGUUCCCGCGCAUCCCGAGGCACAACCUGCGCAAGACGCAGCGCCUGGUACAGGAGUUUUGCGACGACGUCGGCAUCCCGUACGCGCUGUAUGGGUUUGUCGAUGGGAACAAGCAGGUUAUUGGCCGGCUGGCCGAUGUUGCGAGGCAGGCGGCCAUUUUGGCAAAGUGCCAGAGUGUGAUGACCGGGAGCGAGCCAGGCCAUGGACAUCACCACCAUCACUAAGUGCUGACGAUGUUGAGAGGGGGGGUUGAUGUUGCGGGUGUUUGUUUGACGUGGAUUAUCUGUUGCGAGCGAAGAUACUCCCUAGACCGGUGCUUGAAUUGUGUUCGGUGGAUGUACAUACGGUACAUGUACAUACAUACAUGCGGUAAUUACUUGUUUGUUGGGUAGGUAGCCAACCGGCCUGCCUUGGGCUGCGAUUGCACUUCCUUGGGGAGGGCGGGGAGGGGCGGUCCUGAUCGAACGGAGCUACAGAUUUUUAAUUUAAGACACG